UCUCUCUCUCUUCAUCUCUCUCUCUCUAAAAAAGUGAGCUCAAAUAAACUGUCUGCCUCUCUCUCUAGUUUCGCUGAAAGAUUUGGGGACGACUUUUUUUAGCGAUAGCUGUCUCAUACAAACACUGCGGAAACACACAUGUUUUGUUGCGCUUGUGCGCUCUUGACUUUGGGGUUUCCUUGGAGUGGGGAAGUGGAAUUCAUUCAUAUUGACGCUCGAAAGAGCUAAAAGAGGAAAAAACAUUGUAUAAGUUUUUAACUUCAAUUACGAGGAUUUAACGGAUUGCGAGUUGAAAUCAUUGCUUCUGUAAGUGUGUGCACUGCGUAGCUAGUGUAAUUCGCAUUAUUGUCAGUAAUCGAGUUUUUAAGCCUUGCGCGCGCGCUGUGUGUGGAUUGGCCAGAUAGCUGGUGAAACACUGCAACUUGGAUAGAAGAGAAUCCAAAAGUUAGGAUGUUCACCAGUAAAGCUAGCUUCUCUGGUUUCAAAGGUUUUGAUAAUCGACGUGGAUUUGGCACAACAUAUUUCGAGAACCUCAUCUGCGAGGCCUAUCCUUUUGCUGUUGCUCACAUUAAACAUCCCAGAGCUUCUAAUGAUUGGUUGUCUGUUUAAACUCUGGUCAAAUUGUACCAUUUUCCCACUAGGUUGUAGUCUUGUUUGCAUUAUGGUAGUGAAGUUUCUAGAUUAAUGUGAUUUAGAGUGUGGGAGUAACUAAGGCUGUUGUAGGAUAGACUGUGCUGGUUUCUGCAAAUAUGGUGCCGCAAGGGCCUCCCCCUCCGCAUGGUGGAGCCCAGCCGGUUCCGCCUUCAUUGUUAAGAUCAAAUUCCGGGUUGUUGGGUGGGCAAGGAGGUGGGAUGCCCUCCCAGAAUGCAUUUCCUUCUUUAGUGUCGCCGCGCAAUCAGUUCACAAACAUGAAUAUGCUCGGGAAUGGUCCCAACGUUUCGUCUCUGCUUCACCAGUCAUUUGGAAAUGGAGGCUCAAGUUCUGGUUUGUCUGGUCCAGGUAGCUUUCCACGGGCACUUGUUGAUGGUGGUCCCCAGUCUGUUCCACUUUCUAGUAAUGGAAAUGGGAUGGGAUUCAACACUCCUGCUUCUUAUAUCUCUACUUCUAUUGCAGCCAAUCCAAACUCAUCUGGUCACGGACAAGGACAGCAACAAUUCUCAAACCCUUCCAGCAACCAGAUGUUGUCUGAACAGCAACAAGCUCAACAGCUUGAUCCACAAAGUUUUCAACAUAAUCAGCAGCAGUUACAACAGUUUUCUGUUCCCAAUUCGCAGCAACAACAACAACAACAGCAGCAGCAGCAGCAACAACAACAGCAGCAUCAGCAUCAGCAUCAACAAUUUCAGGCAAUGCGUGCAGGUUUAGGAGGUGCGGGACAUGUUAAGCUAGAGCCACAAACCACCAAUGAGCAAGCCUCACAGCAACUGCAAGCUUUGAGGACUUUGAGUUCGGUAAAGAUGGAACCUCAACAACUCCAAAGUAUGAGAAGCUUGGGCCCUGUCAAGCUGGAACCCCAGCAAUCAGACCCUUCUUUAUUUUUGCACCAUCAACAGCAACAGCAGCAGCAACAGCAACAGCUCCUUCUGUCCCGGCAGUCCUCUCAGGCUGCUGCAGCCGCACAGAUUUUGCAUCAACAGAGGCUUAUGCAAAUUCAACAGCAGCAGCAGCUCUUAAAAGCUAUGCCUCAACAAAGAUCGCCAUUACAACAACAGUUCCAACCGCAGAAUUUGCCUGUUAGGUCUCCCGUAAAACCUGUCUAUGAGCCUGGAAUGUGUGCUCGGAGGCUGACACAUUACAUGUAUCAGCAACAACACAGACCUGAAGACAACAACAUUGAGUUUUGGAGGAAAUUUGUAGCUGAAUAUUUUGCACCCAAUGCCAAGAAAAAGUGGUGUGUUUCGAUGUAUGGAAGCGGUCGCCAAACUACUGGAGUUUUCCCUCAGGAUGUCUGGCACUGUGAGAUUUGCAACCGCAAGCCUGGGCGUGGAUUUGAGGCAACUGUCGAGGUUUUGCCCAGACUAUUUAAAAUAAAAUAUGAAAGCGGAACUAUAGAAGAAUUGCUCUAUGUCGAUAUGCCCCGAGAGUAUCAAAAUCCUGCUGGGCAAAUUGUUCUGGACUACGCAAAAGCUAUACAAGAGAGUGUCUUUGAGCAACUUCGUGUUGUUCGUGAUGGUCAGCUGCGAAUUGUAUUCUCUCCUGAUCUCAAGAUAUGCUCCUGGGAAUUUUGUGCUCGGCGUCAUGAAGAGCUUAUCCCAAGAAGGUUGCUGAUUCCUCAGGUUAGCCAGCUUGGCACUGCUGCCCAGAAGUACCAGGCUGCUACCCAAAAUACGUCUCCCAGUACCUCUGUUUCCGAGCUACAGAACAAUUGCAACAUGUUUGUUGCGUCUGCACGUCAGCUGGCCAAAGCUCUGGAAGUUCCAUUAGUAAAUGAUUUGGGAUAUACGAAGAGAUAUGUGCGAUGCCUGCAGAUAUCAGAAGUCGUCAAUAGUAUGAAGGAUCUGAUUGAUUAUAGCCGUGAAACUGGUUCAGGUCCUAUGGAGAGUUUGGCGAAGUUUCCUCGGAGAACAAAUCAUUCACCUGCAUUUCAAGGACAACCUCCACAACCUAACAGUCAGCUACAACAGCAGCAGCAGCCACAACAGCAAACAGGUCAAAACUCAAUCAAUGAUAGUUCUGUUGCGGGUGCUGCUACACAACUUGCUUCUGCGGCUGGUACGCCUAGUGUUAAUAAUCCUGCGAACUCAGCUACCACUACUGCAUCUACCAGUACAAUUGUUGGGCUUCUUCAUCAAAAUUCGAUGAAUUCUCGACAGCAAAAUCCAAUGUCCAGUAUUAACAGCCCUUAUGGUGGUAAUAGCGUUCAAAUGCCAUCUCCAGGAUCUUCGAACACCAUGCCACAGUCUCAACCACCUCCGUCCCCUUUCCGUUCCUCGACACCCCCAUCGUCUAACAAUCAACAACUGGCUUCACAUGGUCCAUUAUCAGGAGGUCAUGUGAAUUCUGCGAGUUCGCCAAAUAUUUCAAUGCCACAACCUACUCUUUCUGGUGAUGCAGAUGCAAAUGAUUCACAGAGCUCUGUCCAAAAAAUCAUACACGACAUGAUGAUGUCUUCUCAGCUUCCUGGGGGUGGUAUGGCAGGCUUGGGGAUGAUGGGUGGUGAUGUGAAACAUGUUAAUGGAAUGUUGUCAACAAGCAGUAAUGGCAGUGUUAGCGGGGGCAAUAUCCUCGUAGGAACUGGAGUAGCUAAUGGCAACCCCGGUAUGGGUGUUUCAGGGUUUGGGAGUAUGGGCAACGGGCUUGGCCAAUCUGCCAUGGUAAAUGGGAUCCGAGCAGCGCUUGCUAAUAACUCUCUUUCCAUGAAUGGGAGAGUAGCCAUGGCAAUGGCACGAGAACAGGGCAUGAAUUCACAACAGCAGGAUAUGAGCAACCAACUGCUCACCGGUGGUCUCGGUGCAGUUAAUGGUUUCAAUAACCUUCAAUUUGAUUGGAAAACAUCUCCAUGAUAAGCUUUACAUCAUUCUGGCAUUGGACUAACGGCUGUUUGUGCAGUGUAGAGGGAGUGAGUUCCGUUGGUUGGGGAUUGGAAAUUCGUAUAUUGAGGGGGAAAGAGAAACAGGGUUUAUGAGUUUGCAUCCCUCCCUCCAUGUUGUGUACUAAUCUCAAGGAAAGGAAAUGGUAAAGCAUAGGUUUUUUGUUGAUUGAAACAAUACGUGAUUCCCAGCGUUUUGAAGAUUUACUCUUUAAUUGGAACAAGCCCUGGUUGCCUGUUGGACUAACAGUUUCGGGGGAAAACAGCAGGAGUGGCGCAUGGCCAUCGGAACGUGCUUGUAUUGCCCGUCUCAACACAUUUGAGGCGUCUGCCAAACUCCGGUGCGGUUGCUGGUUCUUCCACUUGACUCCCACACCCUGCUCUGCAGUUCUGCUUCAACUUUCCCCAAUAUGUGAGUGUAUAUAGUUUGGAUUGCCUUGAAGCUUAUUGUAGAAUUUUCUUAUACUUCUGCUCAGGAUUUAUUCACAAUAGUUUGAUCACUAUAAUCAUCCUUCACUAGUUCUAAUUUCAGUUUUCUCAACUUCCAACCCACAGUUUAAAAUUGUAAUGGAGAAAAAAAGAAAAGAAUUGAAGAAAUCUAUAUUAUAUACUCCCUUCGUCUCA